AGCCUCCGGGGAGUGCGACCGGCGGACAUGGCGCUGCUGCUGCGGAUGGGGCUUCUCCGCGGCCGCUGCGCCUUCUGGCGGCCGCCCGCCGCCGGCUGGGCCCGGCCCCGCGGCGGUGCCCUCGGCGGGGUUCGCGGCCUGCAGAGCCUCGUGGCACCAACACUUUCCCUGCCACGUCAGGGCCUUGGUGGAGUCCUGACAAGACAGCACAUAAUCAGGGAUCCAGUCAGACUUUGGCAUCUCCUGGGUAGCACCUCCUGGUUUGCUACAUCCAGCUCUCGGGGGAGUAGCCAGAAGAAUGGAGGAUUCAAGAAGAAAUCUCCACAGGAGGAGGAUGAGGAAGAGAAGCGCAGGAGAAGGGAGAACCAGAUGCACCUGGAACGUCUGAGGGCACUGCUGGUCCUCACCUUCGUGGUGCUGAUGCUUCGCUUCUUGAUCAGCGACAACAGGGAAGGGACCAACAUCUCCUGGAACUACUUUGUGAACGAGAUGCUGUCCAAGGGGGAGGUGCAGAGGAUCGAGGUGGUGCCUGAGAGUGACAUCGUGGAGAUUUAUCUGCACCCAGGUGGAACUCCACACGGACAAGUUAACGUGACCCUGCUGUACACCAUGCGCGUGGCAAACAUCGACAAAUUCGAGGAGAAGCUCAGAGCUGUGGAGGAUGAGCUGAAUAUUGAUGAGAAGGAGAGAAUCCCCAUUUCCUACAAACACCCUGGCUUUUAUGGAAAUGAUGUCCUUUCCCUGAUAGUGACCCUGGUGGCCGUGUCCAUGCUGUGGAGCAUCUUCCGUCUCUUCAGGGUGGCGAGCAGGGCCGGGGGCUUCAACGCCUUUAACCAGCUGAAGAUGGCUCGUUUCACCAUUGUGGAUGGGAAAUCUGGAAAAGGGAUUGGCUUCAAGGAUGUGGCAGGAAUGCACGAGGCAAAAAUGGAAGUCAAGGAAUUUGUGGACUAUUUAAAGAAUCCCGACCGCUACCUCCAGCUCGGGGCCAAAGUGCCCAAGGGUGCCUUGUUGCUGGGCCCUCCAGGCUGUGGGAAGACUUUGCUGGCCAAGGCUGUGGCUACAGAGGCCCAGGUGCCAUUUCUGGCCAUGGCAGGCUCCGAGUUCGUGGAGGUGAUUGGAGGUCUGGGCGCCGCUCGCGUGCGGAGCCUGUUCCGGGAGGCGCAGGCUCGCGCUCCCUGCAUCGUCUACAUCGACGAGAUCGACGCCGUGGGCAAGAAGCGCUCCACCAACGUGUCUGGCUUUGCCAACGCUGAGGAGGAGCAGACCUUAAACCAGCUGCUGGUGGAGAUGGAUGGAAUGGGGACCACAGACCAUGUCAUAGUGCUGGCUUCCACCAACCGCGCCGACGUCCUGGACAACGCCCUGAUGAGACCUGGCAGGCUGGACAGGCACAUCUUUAUUGAUCUCCCAACACUGCAGGAGAGAAAGGAGAUCUUUGAGCACCACCUGAAGGGCCUCAAGCUGAUCCAGGACGGCAGCUUCUACUCACAGCACCUGGCAGAGCUGACCCCAGGAUUCAGUGGAGCUGACAUAGCAAACAUCUGCAAUGAAGCUGCUCUUCACGCUGCCAGGGAGGGGCACAAAUCCAUCGACACCUCCAACUUCGAGUAUGCCGUGGAAAGAGUCAUUGCAGGCACUGCCAAAAGAAGUAAGAUCUUGUCACCAGAAGAGAGGAAGGUGGUGGCGUUCCACGAGUCGGGGCACGCGCUGGUGGGGUGGCUGCUGGAGCACACCGAGGCCGUCAUGAAGGUGUCCAUCGCCCCUCGGACCAACGCGGCGCUGGGGUUCGCACAGAUCCUGCCCCGGGAGCAGUACCUGUUCACCAAGGAGCAGCUCCUGGAGAGGAUGUGCAUGGCCCUGGGGGGGAGAGUGGCUGAGGCCAUCACCUUUAACAAGGUCACCACAGGAGCACAGGAUGACCUGAAGAAGGUGACCAAGAUUGCCUACUCCAUGGUGAAGCAGUAUGGGAUGGUGCCCAGCAUCGGGCAGAUCUCCUUCCCUGACGCAGAGAGCGCCCCUGGCAUCGGCCGGCGCCCCUUCAGCCAGAGCCUGCAGCAGAUGAUGGACCAUGAAGCCAAAAUCCUGGUGGCUCAGGCUUACAGGCGCACAGAAAAGCUCUUGCUGGAGAACCGGGACAAGCUGCAAACACUGUCCAAUGCCCUCCUGGAGAAGGAAGUGAUCAAUUAUGAUGACAUCGAGGCGCUGAUCGGGCCCCCACCCCACGGGCCCAAGAAGAUGAUUGCUCCUCAGAGCUGGCUGCAGGCAGAGAGGGACAAGCAGGACACCAGGGAGGAGGAAACACCUCCCCAGCCUCCAAACCAGGAGGAGGAGGAGGAACCACGCCUGAGACCAGUGUGAACCCACUCCCAUGUGGGGUGGGAGGGCUCCAGAGGUGCUUUUGGACACAGACCCUUGGCCUUCUCAGCUCCAGAAUCAAAGAUGCUGAGCAGGGAAUUGCUGUGCUGCUGCUGCUACCCCAAAAUUCAGGGAUGGCUACGUUGGCUCUUUGAGCUUUAUCCUGCAGGAAGGAGAACUCCUCAGGGUUUCAGAGUUGAUUCCUGGUGGGGUGGUGGUGAUUAGGAGUUGGGUGAGUCUGAUCUGCUGUGGAAGUUCCUUGUCCACAGGAGCAGGGAACGUGUUCCAGUGGGUGGAAGGUGUCAUGUAAGCCACUUCUGUCUGCUCUGUGCCAUGGCAGGAGGGCAGGGCUGUGCCCUCAGCAUGGGGACACCCCUGUGGGGCUGAGCUGGGCUGCUGCAGCUCUUGUGUAACCUUUGAACACAACACACAAACAGCCCUGGCUGGAAUAAACUGCCCACAACGUG